AUGGUGUCGCUAGUCUCACCGCAAUCUGACGUCACGCUGCCAGGCCCUGCCAGACUGGAGAGUGAGCCCCAAGGGGACCUCAUGCAGGCACCGGGCCUCCCAGGCUCCCCUGCCCCACAGAGCAAGCAUGCCGGCUUCAGCUGCUCAUCCUUUGUGCCUGAUGGCCCUCCGGAGAGGGCACCCUCGCUGCCCCCACACAGCCCCAGCAUUGCAUCACCAGGACCCGAGCAAGUCCAGGGCCACUGCCCACCUGGUCCCGGCCCCUUCCGGCUCUCCCCCUCGGACAAGUACCCUGGCUUUGGCUUUGAAGAUGGCCCAGCCAGCAGCCCCGGGCGCUUCCUCAAGGGCAGCCACGUGCCUUUCCACCCAUACAAGCGGCAUUUCCACGAGGACAUCUUCCCUGAGUCCCAGACUGCCCUGGCCCUUGAUGGGCACUCCUUUAAGACACCGGGGACGCUGGAGGCCUUCGAGGAGAUCCCCGUGGAUGUGGGGGAGGCCGAGGCCUUCCUGCCUGGCUUCACUGCAGAGGCCUGGUGCAACGGGCUUGCCUACCCCAGCCAGGAGCACGGCGCCCACAUCCUGCAGGGGUCAGAGGUGAAGGUCAAGCCCCCAGCUCUGGAGAGUGGCCCUGGGAUGUACUGCUACCAGCCUCCCCUGCAGCACAUGUACUGCCCCUCCCAGCCCCCCUUCCACCAGUACUCGCCAGGUGGCGGCAGCUACCCUGUGCCCUACCUGGGCUCCUCACAUUAUCCGUACCAGCGGAUCGCACCCCAGGCCGGCACCGAUGGGCACCAGCCUCUCUUCCCAAAGCCCAUCUACUCCUACAGCAUCCUCAUCUUCAUGGCCCUUAAGAACAGUAAAACUGGGAGCCUUCCCGUCAGCGAGAUCUACAAUUUCAUGACGGAGCAUUUUCCUUACUUCAAGACGGCACCCGAUGGCUGGAAGAAUUCUGUCCGCCACAACUUAUCCCUCAACAAGUGUUUUGAGAAAGUGGAGAACAAAUCAGGAAGCUCCUCUCGCAAGGGCUGCCUCUGGGCCCUCAAUCCGGCCAAGAUCGACAAGAUGCAGGAGGAGCUGCAGAAGUGGAAGAGGAAAGACCCCAUUGCCGUGCGAAAAAGCAUGGCCAAGCCAGAAGAACUGGACAGCCUUAUUGGAGACAAGAGGGAGAAGCUGGGCUCCCCGCUGCUGGGCUGUGCGCCGCCUGGGCUGGCAGGCUCGGGCCCCAUCCGGCCCCUGGCACCCCCAGCUGGGCUCGCUCAGCCACUACACUCACUCCAACCUGCUCCGGGCCCUAUUCCAGUCAAGAACCCUCUACAGGACCUACUUGGGGGGCACACGCCCGCCUGCUAUGGGCAGACAUACCCACACCUCUCACCAGGCCUGGCUCCUCCUGGACCCCCACAGCCGUUGUUCCCGCAGCCAGAUGGGCACCUUGAGCUGCGGGCCCAGCCUGGUACCCCCCAGGACUCACCUGUGCCUGCCCACACCCCACCCAGCCACAGUGCCAAGCUGCUGGCUGAGCCGUCCCCAGCCAGGACUGUGCAUGACACCCUGCUGCCGGAUGGAGACCUCGGUACUGACCUGGAUGCCAUCAACCCCUCUCUCACCGACUUUGACUUCCAGGGAAACCUGUGGGAACAGUUGAAGGACGACAGCUUGGCCCUCGACCCCCUGGUACUGGUGACCUCGUCCCCGACGUCAUCUUCGAUGCCACCACCCCCACCCCCGCCCCAUUGCUUUCCCCUGGGGCCCUGUCUGGCAGAGGGCAACGGGGCCGGUGACUUGGCACCGCCGGGCAGCGGGGGCUCCGGGGCACUGGGCGACCUGCACCUCACCACCCUCUACUCGGCCUUCAUGGAGCUGGAGCCCACGCCCCCCACGGCUCCUGCAGGCCCCGCCGUGUACCUCAGCCCCAGCUCCAAGCCCAUGGCCCUGGCCUGA